AUGACAAUGACACCCUCCAUCAUAGCGACCUGCAAACAGACCCGAUUCCAUCUACUUCACGAUCAGCCCGCGCAGGAGAUCGAUGUAGAAGGUCUCACCAUUGCAGUCACAUCCUCGGCCGCAGACAUAGCCGACGACAGUGGUCCCUCAAACCCCAAAGCAAAGGGGAAAUCGAAAUCGAAAUCCAAGGCCGAGGCGCGCGAGCUCAUCGUCGACGCUCACUUGCGACUUAAGGCGGGGGUGCAUUAUGGUCUGAUUGGGCGAAAUGGGACAGGGAAGUCGACGCUGCUCCGCGCUAUGGCCGACAAACUAGUCCCUGGGAUUCCGCAUCUGACGCGCAUUGCGAUUCUGCAGCAGACUGAGACGGAGGAUGAAAUGCGGAGCUUCCAGUGCGAUGGGGAGGACCGCGACAGGCGGGAUCUACCCGUGUUGGAGUAUGUCAUGAGCAGCGAUCGAUUCCGCAAUGAUGUUGUGCAGAAAAUCAAUGUCCUGUCGAAGAGCUUCGAGACGGAAGAUCCGGUGGCACCUGUGCGGGCGAUCCGGAGAAUUCGUCACGAUGAGAUUGAGAAGCAGCUGUUCCUUGCGCAGAAGAAUGCCAGCCUCAAGAGUGGUGCGAGGGGCUUACAAGCUCGGAAGGACUUGAAGGCGGCCGAGACGAGAUACGAGGUUUCGAAGGAGCUGGUCGAGCAGCCUGAUCAGCCUAUUGAUGCGGAGGCGCUCAAGGCCGAGACACAGGCGGCAAUGGAUACUUUGCAGGAAUUACAGGGUCAGUUUGACGCAAUGAAACUGGUUGAUAUUGAGAAGCAAGCUCGCCAGAUCCUCGUCGGACUGGGUUUUGACGAAGCCAUGCUCAGCAAGCCCUUCCUGGCUUUAUCCGGGGGCUGGCGCAUGCGUUGCCUGUUGGCCAGCGUUCUCAUCCAGAACCCGGACAUCAUGAUCCUAGAUGAACCGACUAACUUUCUCGAUCUUCUUGGAGUUGUCUGGCUGGAGAAUUACCUACAGCAGUUACGGGACUCGUCCCAGACGACCAUCGUGCUGGUAUCUCACGACCGAGACUUUGUUAACGCCGUCUGCGAGGAGAUCUUGAUCCUCCGCGACCAGAAACUUACCUACUUCAGAGGCAACCUGUCCGCCUACGAGAAAGACUUUGAAGAGCAGAAACUCUACUGGGGCCGCAUGAAGGAGGCACAAGAGCGCCAGAUCGCGCACAUGGAAGCGACGAUUCGAGAGAACAUCAAACUGGGCAAGAAGACCAAUGACGACAAUAAGCUGCGCAUGGCCAAGUCCCGGCAGAAGAAAGUCGACGAGCGCAUGGGCAUCCAGGUCAACGCCAACGGUGGACGCUUCAAACUAAACAGGGACCUGGUGGGCCACCAUCUCACCGCGCGAGCUGAGAUUGAAGUACCAACGGACGAAAGAGGUGCCUCGAUCAUGCUGCCCGAUGCCAGUGAACUGCGCUUCCCGGGUCCGUUGCUCUCGGCGGAAGGGGUGGGUUUCCGGUACACACGGAAUGCACCGCCUAUACUGAACGGUAUCGAGCUGGUGAUGCAUAUGGGCGAUCGAGUCGGCAUCAUGGGGCUUAAUGGUUCUGGAAAAUCUACGCUCAUCCGCCUGCUGACGGGCAAUCUGCAGCCGACGCAGGGCAAGAUAUCCACCCACUCCAGGCUGAAGCUGGGAUACUACGCGCAACAUUCGAUCGAGGAGCUCCAUGAGCAAGGCCGAGCCGAUCCUACUCUGACCGCAUUAGGCUUCAUGACCAAGGAGAUCAACAGCGCACUUAGCGAGGGCGCGAUUAGGGGCUUGCUGUCGUCACUGGGUCUUCAGGGCAAAAUAGUUUCAGACGUGCCCAUUGCACGAUUAUCGGGAGGUCAACUGGUCCGUCUGGCAAUUGCCAAGGUAAUUUGGAACUCGCCACAUUUGCUGGUGCUCGAUGAAAUCACGACACAUCUGGACUUUCAUACCGUCACGGCUCUUGCGACCGCGCUGUCUUCGUUCAACGGUGCGAUCCUCCUGGUGUCUCACGAUCGUUUCUUGGUCCGGUCCGUCAUUGAAGGCAAACGAGACAGCGAGCAUAAUUUGGAUGAAGAGUUUGAAGGGGUAGACGAAGAAGUCGAAGAACAGAGUCGAAGAAGGUCAGUCUACGUGAUGAAGGGCGGCAAGCUCAUUGAGCAGCUCAACGGGGUGGAGCAGUUUGAACAGAGUCUGGUGAAGAGGGUCAAGAAGAUGCUUUCCCAAUAG